ACCCAGGCUGUCUGCUGACUUGCAGGCUCUGUCCCAGGAACGGGCUUCCCAAACACCUUCUCUCGUUCUGACAUGAGUUCCAGCCACCUGCUAAAUCGACUGCCAGCUGCCAGGAGCCAGUGCCCAGAGAGCCCUGAGGAGUAGCCACUCAGUAAUAGCCGACACCUGGGGCCACCAUGAACUGGGGGAUCUUCGAGGGGCUCCUAAGCGGGGUCAACAAGUACUCCACAGCCUUUGGGCGCAUCUGGCUGUCUCUGGUCUUCAUCUUCCGCGUGCUGGUGUACGUGGUGACAGCUGAGCGUGUGUGGAGUGACGACCACAAGGACUUUGACUGCAACACCCGCCAGCCGGGCUGCUCCAAUGUCUGCUUCGAUGAGUUCUUCCCCGUGUCCCACGUGCGCCUCUGGGCCCUGCAGCUCAUCCUGGUCACGUGCCCCUCGCUGCUCGUGGUCAUGCACGUGGCCUACCGCGAGGCACGGGAGAAGAAGUACCGAGAGAUGGUGGGGGAGAAUGGCGGGCACCUCUACCUGAACCCGGGCAAGAAGCAGGGUGGGCUCUGGUGGACAUACGUCUGCAGCCUGGUGUUCAAGGCUGGUGUGGACGCCACCUUCCUCUAUGUAUUCCACUCACUCUACCCCAAAUACACCCUCCCUCCUGUGGUCAAGUGCCACGCAGAUCCGUGUCCCAAUACCGUGGACUGCUUCAUCUCCAAGCCCUCGGAGAAGAACAUCUUCACUCUCUUCAUGGUCAUCACAGCCGCCAUUUGCAUCCUGCUCAACCUCGUGGAACUGGCUUACCUGGUGAGCAAGAGGUGCCGUGAGUGCCUGGCCGCGAGGAAAGCCCGAGCCACCAGUGCCUCUUCCUACAAACAGGACGACCUCCUCUCAGGUGACCUCAUCUAUCUGGGCUCAGACAUUCACCCUCCCCUCUUACCAGACUGCCCUCGAGACCACAUGAAGAAAACCAUCCUGUGAGGGACUGCCUGCACUGGACCAAUGCGGGGAGGCCUGGGUUGGAAGUGCCCGGUGUCUCUCAUGGGUGCGGCCUUAGGGGUGGGAAGCUGAGGGUCGGACGGCCCAGGAACAAAUCCCUAGCCCUCGGCUCCAGCCACCUGCCCCAGUUGUAUGGCCUUGGGCACCUCAGUUUCUUUGUGUGUAAAAUGGAGAUGAUGAGGCCUAUCUCAUAGGGUUGUUGCUGUGAGGUGGUGUUUAAUUAGAGAAUGGAUGUGCAAGUGCCUUCAAUGUGUGGG